AUGAUAGAGAAUAAGUACAAAGCCCUUGUUCUUGACUCUAACGCGUUUAUUAACCACGCCUCCAUUAUUGGAGCAGCAGAGGAAUAUUACACCAUCGAACAAGUCUUCCGUGAGGUUCGUGACAAAAGUUCCAGAAAGGUUCUAGAACAGUUUCCGUUUGAGAUUAAGGUCCGUUCUCCUAGUAAGGAGGCAAUCGAUAUAGUAUCAAAGUUUUCACGAGCGACAGGUGAUUUCACUCAAUUGGCCCAAACAGAUUUGUUGCUGAUUGCGUUGGUAUAUGAUCUGCAAAAAGAGAUAGGUGGAAUCGAAGAGAUUAACUUAACUCCUAUAAUUCGUCGCGAUGAUAUUAUCGAUGUGAAUGAAAAGCGUAUUGUUGGAGUCAAUGUUUUGGAACAGCCUUGCAAAUUCUUUGCAACUCCCGAAAAGUGUCGCAACGGCCGCAACUGCUUCUACCGUCAUUCUGGGGAUCUUGAACGUCCUCGCCCUGCUCCAGCUCCCGCUGUUCCCAAGAUGGUAUCUCCUGCCAUGGAAGAAAAGAAAGACGCUACUGCAACUGAAGAAACGCCCAGCAAGCCGCGCGUAGUGAAGGGGUGGAAUAUCAAGAAGCCGAGCGAAUCGAUCUUCGCGAACGACGAUCGAUUCCCGACGCUGGGAUCGCACAAGAGCGAGGAAAAGCACCAGGAGGAUCGCGAGAUUUUGACCGUGUGCGCUACUCCCGAGUUCAAAGCGCGCUUUGCCAGCAAGGAGGAGAAGAAGGAAUCGGAGACUAUGCCUGUGGAGACUAUCGAAGAAAAAGAAGAAGAGUCGAAUGAAUCUGCAGAGGCAAGCAAAUGUGAGGAGGGCAAUUUGCAAUCCGAGUCGGAACCUGCAUCGGAACCCGAGUCGGAACCCGAGUCGGAACCCGAGUCGGAACCCGAAUCAGAACCUGAGUCGGAAGACUUGGAAUCUUCUUCUGCCAACCCUGAAAGCAAUUCAACCCUUGGCCCCGAUCCCAACAUCGAAAACACGUCCGAGGUGGCUCGGCCCACGACGCAGGGCAGUCACAUCUUCACGAGUGGCACCACGCUGGCGAGCACAGUGCACCCUGCGGACGAAGAGGACGAAGAGGACGAUAAUGAAUGGAUCUCCAGCGAAACCCUUGGCUCGUUCGAUCAUGGCCAUAUCUCCCGCAAGGAAGAAACGAACAACUCGAUCGACCGCAGUCGCUACGCUGCGUGCUGCACCAGCGAUUACGCCAUGCAGAACGUUCUGCUCCAGAUGAGGCUGCAGGUAAUAUCGUAUGACAACAAGCUCAUCACUCGGCUGAAGUCGUGGACGCGACGAUGCCGAGAUUGCUUCAGGUAGGAAGCGAGUAGCAUCGUUCAUCGUAGUGUCUGCAACGACGAGACGCGCCUGUUCUGUCCGGACUGCGGCCAUCCAUCGCUGGCCAAAGUAUCGGUUUACACAAUGCGAGGCAUGGUGCGAAUCGGAUACCCGCUCCAAUCGAAAAGUCUGCGCGGAACCAUCGUAGGAAUGGAGUGAGGUUGGAACGUGUAGUACUCGAUUGGGAAGAACGAUGAUCUGCUGUUGUGCGAGGAUCAGUUGAAGAUGGGGAAGUGGAAACAGCGGUUAAUCAAAAUGAGACGAGCCAAGAAGGAAGGAUGCAUUUUUGGGGAUGUAGGUGCAGAGAGUCUGGGUCUAGAGUCUGGAAAGACAACCGAUCAGGAGUUGCUUCAGCAAAUCGUUGUGGGAUAUGGAAGAAAGAAUCCGAAUGCGAUGAAGGGACGGGAAAAGAGAGGAAAGAAGAAGCAUAAGAAGUUCAGCCGCUAUUAAUGGUGAUUUAGUAA